CCCCCACUUGCUUUUCCCUACCAACAGAGAACAAACAAUAUUUACCAGCUCCACAGUCUUGUGACAGAGACUUUUUGCUUCUUUCCACCUCUCUACAGCUGUGUCAGAUUUACUGGUGUUUACCAUCAUCAUCACAACAAGGAGCGACAAAGGGCCAGUCGCCCAUUUGAUCAACCUCACAGGCUUUGGCCAGUGGUCCACACCAACUACACACCACGCGACAGCUCAGCUCUAGACUGCUUGCGCUAAUGCCGUCACCACGUUCCUAAGCCUGUUCCCUUAUCCAUCCCGCAAGCCCUCAUCUGUCUCUCUUCCAUCAUUCCAAACACCCACCCGUCCUCUCGGCUUCAUCGCAUUUUGUCAGAAGAUCCUACCACCAUCACGACUGGUGCAUGGCAUCAAUAGAGCCAACAGCCAACAAAAGCCAAGACUAGGCCACGCGACAUACAAACUGUCAAGAUGUCGGACACGGAGGUUGAUUAUCUUCAACCCGACUUCGACCCAACGUCGGUCACGAUGCCGCGCCUGCGCUCCAUCCUCGUCAGCCACAACAUCCCGUACCCUGCGACCGCAAAGAAGGCACAGCUCGUUGAAAUCUUCAACGAACACGUCGCUCCACAGGCCAAGAAGAUCCUCGACCGACGCGCCAGGGCCAAGAGGUCCAGCAUGGGCAUCACCAACAUCGACAACUCCGAGGGAUACUCUGUUGCCAACGACGCCAUGCCUCCACCGAGCGCGUCGCGACCUCGAGGAAGACCAAAGAAGAACCUCGGCAGCGCCGCGAGCAGCUUCAAGACCCAGUCCGAGGAGCCCGAGCAGAAGCCUGUCCCGCGCAGCCUGAGCCCGAGGAAACGGUCGUCGCGCUCUGCCAGCCACCAGCUAGGCUACUCCGAUACUGACACCGACAGCCACUACGAGGCUCGACGGUCGCCGCGCAAGCCGUCUCGUCGGCUCGAGCUCACACCGCAGCCCCAGGUCAAGAUAGAGGAGUCCGACGAGAACGACAACGUCUUCUCCACCGACAACCCCUUCCAGAGUGGUAGCUCCCCCCUGCCUGAAGAGACCCCGUCGAGCCGCAGGAGGACUACUGCCGGCGGCCUUGACUCGCCCGCCAAAAGGCCGACCAGCUCCUACUCUAGGAGACGGACGGGAGAGACGCCCAAGCCCGCCGGGGCAGAGCAUACCGCGAUCUCUAGAUCCAUCGAGGUUCCUCUGCGCGACUUCGCCCGAUCGCGGACGCCGCAGACGCCCGAACCUGUCAUGGAAGCGAGCGAGGAGUUCACACCCGAAGAGCAGCUCGCGCUCGCCCAGGAAGAUGCCGCUCGGGCAGACACGGCCGUGGUGCCCCAUCGCCAGAACAAGAGAACAGGCAGCCUAGCGACCCCGAUCUGGGUCCUCCUCGUCACCGUCCUGGGUGCUUACGGCGCCUGGUAUCGACAGGAAAAAGUCGCUGUGGGCUACUGCGGUGUGGGCAGGCCCACCCACGAGGUCAUCCCCCGGCACGUCAGCUAUCAGGACUACGACUUUGACGUUCCCGAGUGGGCCAUCAAGCUGGCAGAGCCGGAGUGCGAGCCCUGCCCACCCCACGCUUAUUGCUAUGCGGACAACUCGGUGCGUUGCGAGGACGACUAUAUUCUGAAGCCCCAUCCGCUGUCUGCAGGCGGUCUCGUUCCGCUCCCACCCACCUGUGAGCCCGAUGGCGAAAAGGUCCGCCGCGUCAAGGCCGUCGCCGACAAGGCUGUGGAGGAGCUCCGGGAGCGCAGGGCCAAGUUCGAGUGUGGGGAGCUGGUCGACGACAAGGGUCGGCAGCCAGAGAGCCCCGCCAUUGCGGUGGAGGAACUGAAGGAGACGGUCAGCGAGCAGAGGAGCAAGAAGCUCAGCAAGAAGGAGUUUGACGACCUGUGGAGCGCCGCUCUGGGCGAGAUUGAGACGAGGGAUGAGAUCCAAGUGGAAGAAAGGGGCGAGCUAGAAUCACAGCCAAACGAUUCCGGUUCCGGAGGCGUUUCAACCACGUACCUGGCGUCCACCUCUCUCGCUCGCAUUCCGCUCGCGUGCGGCGUCCGCCGCUCCGUCCGCCUCGGCCUGGAACGACAUAAACUUAGCAUUGUUUCAGUAGUCAUAUCGCUGCUGACGGCCAUGUACGGGCGCUCGCGCUACCUCUCGAGCCGGGCCAUCUCGGCCCAGAUCCCAGCCCUUGUUGAGCUCGUGCUGGGACGUCUGGCGGCACAGAAGGAGCUGGCCUACGAGGAAGGCGGCGAGGAUGAUCCCUUUCUCUUCCUGCCGAACAUGAGGGAUGAUGUUCUGCGGUCAGUGCACAGCCUCGCUGAGCGGGAGCGGAUCUGGCAGCGGGUCAGGGCCGUGGUCGAGCAGAACACCAACGUGCGGACGGGACAGCGCGAGGGGAAUAAUGGCGAGGUCGGUCGCGCCUGGGAAUGGAUCGGGCCCAGCGGGGCGGGCGAGAGCAGCGCCCGUCGCAGGCGUACUGGGCGGGUCUCGUGGGCAGGCGCAGGUGUGAGUGACCAACAAGGUGUUGUCGAUAACACGAAUAUCCACAAACAGUGGGAGGAGCCCGGCUCCAGGCCGGUGUAUUAAUUGAGUUGGACUUGUGUCUGAGGACAGGCGUUUAGGCCGGGAAGGUUGGAUGUUGUGAUUUUGUUUCCCUCAUCCUUGUGUGCACCAUUCGAGUGCACACAUUCUUUAUUUAUAUAACGUCCAUUCCAUCUCUGCUUGUACUUAUGGAGGGGAGGGGAGGGCGGUUGGCUUGUGGUUGUCUCGCAACUUCGAUACCAAUUCAGAGUUUAUAAAUAACAUGAGAGCGAAUCAGGACAUAUUUGGCACUUUCUUUAACUUGUGUCGCGCAU